UGCAAAAUACUCUAUAUCAGGUGUUUGGAAUUGCAGGUCUUGCUGGAUUUAAAUGUUUUAUUAGAAUUUAGGUAAAGAUAACAAUGGCAGUCACUUUUGGAAAAUCUUUUUUACUCCACUCAGCCAAAACUUUGGCCAAAACCUGUUUGCGGCCCGCCAGCACUCAAGUUGAUAUAAAGAAGAAUUAUCUAAAGCUGACCUCGGCCUCGGGUCAACUAGUUCACGCAGAUUUGAUGUGGCUGCGGGACCACUGCAGAUGCUCCGAAUGCUACAAUCAUGCUACAAGCCAGCGAUCCUUGCCCUUUCUAUCUAUUCAACAGGAUAUCAGCCCCAAAACUUGGCAGAUAGCAGAGAAUGACUCGGAAUUACACAUUUCUUGGCCGGAUGGGCACACGUCAAAGUACAAAAUUCAGUGGCUCUUUGAGAACCUGGAUCCGGAGACAGCGACUAAAAAUUUAGACAAAAUGCACAACCUUAGGAAACUGUGGGAAGACUCCAAAGCGCCUGAAGUGCCUGAUAUUAAUUAUUUUGAGCUCGUUGAGAAAAGCUGUCCCGUGUCCUUGGAGAAAGCUGUGUUGUCUCUUUUACAACACGGAAUCAUUUCUGUGAUUAAAGUGCCAAGAACUGUCCAAGCGACUCGUUUGGUUGUUGAAAAGAUUGCUCCUCCGCAACAGACCUUUUUUGGCGGCAUGUGGGAAUUUGGGACCAAAGCGCACAACGAACAGGCAAACCACGAAGACACCGCUUAUACGAGCGACGCUCUAGAUCCGCACCAUGACUCUACCUACUUCACCGAGUCAACCGGACUGCAGGUUUUUCACUGUUUGGAGAGAUCAAAGAAUUGCCAAGGAGGCGCGACCAGGCUUGUCGAUGGCAUGACAGCUGCAGACCUUCUUGCCAAAGAAGAUCCAAAGUCGUUUGAAAUCCUUUCCGAGACCACAAUUGAGUGCGAAUACAAAGAGCCUGGGCAGCACCACGUCGGUAGGCAGCCUGUGAUAGUACUGGACCCUGUAACUCGAUCCCUUCUACAGAUUCGGUUCAAUUUAUAUGAUCGCUCUCCAAUGAACACCCUGAAGUCAGAAGACGUCCGAAAUUACUAUUUAGCUUUGCAGAAGUUGGCACAAAUAAUUUUCAGCGGCAGAUACGAAAUCCAAAAAGAACUAAGUCCUGGAAAUGUCGUCGUGAUUGACAACUGGAGGGUUCUGCAUGGACGGACCGCCUUCACGGGUCAGAGACACAUGGCAGGUUGUUACGUGUCCAGGACCGAGUGGCUCAGCAAGGCCAGAGUAUUGGGUUUGAUUUAAAAUUGAUGACGAAAUAAAAAGGCAGUUAUAUUUUAUGAAAA